GUCAAUUCUGCCAAAUGCUUUUCAGUUUUAGCAGAUGAAACGACUGACAUUUCAGUCAAAGAAUAAUUAGCUUUGUGUGUUAGAUAUGUUGUUGGUUCUGAUGAAAAUGUAUUUGUUUGUGAACGCUUUUUAAAAUAUAUAGAAAUUCAUAGUCUGACAGGAAAAGACAUUGCAUCAACUAUUGUGAAUGGGCUUAAUUCAUGUGGAAUAGACUGCAGUAACAUGUAUGGACAAGGUUAUGACGGUGCUUCUAAUAUGUCGGGGCGUUUUAAAGGUACUCAAAAAAUUGUGAGGGAAACAUGUCCUAAGGCCUUGUAUGUUCAUUGCGCAGCACACUCGUUGAAUUUAUCUGUAUCUACAAGUUGUGAUAUUCAAGCAAUACGAAAUUCUUUGGGUUUGGUUGAAAAAAUGUACUGCUUUUUAAAUUCACCCAAACGCAAAAAUGUCUUGUUAAGUGUUAUUAACGAAAGUGACAUGGAUACAAGAUCAAAAUCUAUUAAACAUCUUUGUGCAACAAGAUGGGUGGAAAGAUAUACAGCAAUAAAUGAUUUUGUAGAAUUAUUUCCUUAUGUAAUUCAAACAUUAGAAAAAAUAUGCGAGUGGAAUGACACAACUUUGACUGAUGCCAACAUUUUAAUUAAAGCAAUGGACUCAGAAUUUUUAAUUUCACUUCAAGUUAUUAAAGUUUUAUUUUCAUAUGGUUUACCAUUAUGUAAACUUUUGCAAAAAGUCAAUCUUGACUUAAAAGAAGCAGUAGAUCUUGCUGAAGUUACUGUUGCUACUAUUCAACGUUUACGUGGAAAUAUAACUGAAGAGUUUAAACAACUGUUUAAAGAAGCUGAGAAAAUGGCUAAUAUAUUAGAUAUUACCAUAUCGAUCAAACGUUUGAGUAAAAAAUGCACAAAACGAGCCAACCCUAGUAUUAAUGACCCUGAAGAAUAUUAUAGAGUUACAAUAGCUAUACCAUAUAUUGAUUCAUUUAUACAGCAGUUAAAUGAGCGCUUUUUAUGUCACAAAAAUGUACUUAAAGGAUUUCAAUGUUUGUUUUCUGGUACAUACUCAGACGAUUUUGAUGAACUUCUUCAGUUUUAUCUUGACACUGAUAAACAAAUUGUUAAAGCAGAAUUAAAUCUGUGGCAUGCAGUACUUAACAACAAUGGACAACACCCUAAAAGUGGGUUGGAAGCAUUAAGGCUAUGCAAGAAGGAAAUGUUUCCCAAUCUUCAUUUCUUAGUUCAAAUACUAUGUAGUUUACCAGUGUCCACAGCUACCCCAGAACGAACGUUUUCAUGUCUAAAAAGAUUGAAAACUUAUUUAAGAAACACAAUGACAGAAACACGACUUAAUGGACUGACAAUGUUGGCUGUUCACACUGAUAUACCACUUUCAGCUGAAGAAGUCCUUGACGAACUUGCAAAAAAACCCCGUAAACUAGACUUUGUUUUAUAAUUUUUAAAUAUAGUUUUUACAUUUGAUUACAUAAUGAUUUGUUAUAAAUAUUCAUUGAUUAAAAUAUUAUAUUAAAAAAAAGGUGAACCCCCCCCAUUCAAAAUUCCUGAGCACGCCACUGAUAUCAGCAGUGUAAAAAAUGUAGAAAAUGGGGCGAUGUCGCUGCCUUACGGAACGCCAGCUUGAACUUCGUGGUGAGUUGAUAGUCUGGUGUUGAUUCUGACUCUGAACGUUCUGUUUUCGAGAGUUAUAUAUAAAUUAUGUCAAUCAUAGAUACAAAAUGCAACAGAUCUCAGCUUAAAAUAAUAUGGUUUUUAAAUGUGACAACCAUUGUUCUUAUCAUUUUUUUGGAACGAUUUUAAUACAACUCGUAUGGAAACUAUUCGCACUAAUAAUAUUAUUUUAAUAUUUAUUUCAAUUUCUAGUGAGGAGUGAGAAUUCCUCAUUCAAAUAUAUGCGCAUUUGUUGAGGCCAUAAAAUUAAUCAAUGCAACAAGUUCGUUGAAAAUUGUGAAAUUUAAUGAUUGGUCGGCUUUUAGUCUUUAGAUUUACGGUAUCGAAAAAUAAUAGAUUAAAGAUACUGAGUUAUUUAAAAAGCAUAAUUAAUAUUACCAAAAUAAAGGAUCGAAGUAUUCAAUUAUGAAUUGAAAAGUGAUUGUCGAGAGCUGGUCGCGGCCGCUGACGUCAGGUCUCGCUUAUCAUGAUGUCGUGAUUAGAUGAUAAUAUUAAUAUUAUUAUCACUUACCUAUAAUUUGACAACAUUUUAUCUUAAGCCGUGCAUGUGAAUAAAAAAGACGCAUGCUGCAUUCUGGAUUAGUGCAUUCGUGUUGUAAGAUUUUCACAUUACCUAAGCUCUUAAAUCCAGCACAUAAUAUUCAAUCAUUGAAUUUGUUCUCAAAUCUCUUGGAGUUGGAGAAAACAGUAAACAUAAAUUGACAACUAUGGGAACCAUUGAAAAACAAAUGAAAGAUUCAUAUGAAAGCAUGGAAACUAUUUCAUCUGAACAUGUGAAAGAUGAUUUUGAUUUGUUUGGCGAACAACUCGCUAUGAAGUUAAGAGAAUUUGAUGAACAUACACGUGCAAUCGUUAUGAACGAAAUUAAUUAUAUUAUUUUUCUUGCCGAAUCAAAUUUACUUUAAUGCAAUGGUUGUUAUUAUUGGCCUCUUCAUUUCAAUACAUUAACAGUUCAAGACUCGGACAUUAUCCUCACAAUAUUCCUUUAUUUUCUCAGAGUAAUCUUAGCUACUUGCCUAUAUUCAACAUGGACUCACCAAUAAAAUACCUCUCAUUAGUCAUUAGUAAUACAACAGACCUUUAUCAAUAUUCUCUACCUAUCUGUUAUGACAGUAGUUAUUCCACAGAAUAGAUAUAUAUAUAUAUAGAUAUUUCAUCUAUUCUGUGGUUAUUAUCUCAUUCAUUGCUCAUGUAUUGUAUGAGACCAGUUAAUAAUGUCUACAAUCAAGAAUGCCAUAAAUACUUUAAAAUUGCUUCACAAUAAAAAUAUAUUUUCUUUUCUCAAAUA